UGGCUGUUGGAGCUUAUGGAGUUGUUCCAAAGUUGGUCCAAGAUCUCAAAUACUCAAUUCCCAACCCAAAUUGCUAGCCAUGAUGUUGGAUCAGACACUUCCCUGGCUAUGGGCCCUGAUCUUGAGCCAUAUUAUGGUCACACUACCAUCCUCUGAUCUGCAGUACCAAGUUCCACUCAUCACGGAUCCCAAAUUUAUCGAGGAUUGUGUCAGCAGCCACAAUGAUGUAAGGAGGAAUAUAUCUCCGGCUUCUGGAAACAUGAGAUACAUGACUUGGGAUCCAGCUCUAGCAAAGACUGCCAAAGCAUGGGCAAGGAGAUGUGUUUUCACACAUAACAUUCACAUAGGCAAGAAACAUGCAUGCCAUCCUGUUUUUAAAACUGUAGGAGAAAAUCUAUGGAUGGGUGUACUAAGUAAAUAUAUUCCCAAAAAUGCUACUACUGCUUGGUACAGUGAAGGCAAUUAUUUUGAUUUAGGUACCAACUUAUGUCUAAGAGUCUGUGGUCAUUACACUCAGGUUGUUUGGGCAUCUUCCUAUAAAGUUGGCUGUGCUCUUAAACUGUGCCCUAAUUUAGGAAAACGUAUAGCAAUGUUUGUGUGCAAUUAUGCACCUCCAGGGAACUUGGUUGGAAAACCACCUUAUAUGAAACAGGAACCAUGCACUCAUUGUGAGGAAGGAGAUACUUGUGAAGAUAAUUUGUGCAAAAAUCCAAUACGUGAUAAACCCUUAAGUUACCCAUAUUGGAAUCCAAGUUGGGAAAUUCCUCGUCAGAUUUCAUGUAAUCCAUUCUGUCAAAUCUGUGUGUCAAUUAGAUUGGUAGGACUUGUACUAGCAAUUGUAGGUAUUUUUAUACUACAAAUCAAAUAUCCAAACAUGCACUUGGUGACUUAAUUUAUGACUAAGCCUGAACUACCAUCAAUCCAAUUCUCAACUAAAUCUCCAUGCCUUAAAUGUCUCUUCCAUUUGAAUUUAAAAAACAGGCCAGAGGAGAUGCUGUAAAGAAAAGAAUGGAGUCAUGGAAUCAGGUAGUACAGCUGAUACAGUAGCUUAUGUGAAUUUAGCAUUAUAACUACAUAAAUGUGAAAAGAGAAAAGAUUCUCAUAUAUUCCUGUUGCCCAAAAGAAUUUUGAGUGCUAUUGUAUUAAAAGUU